AUGGUUGUGUCCAUCGGAGCCUCCAAUGACUCCAACCUCCAGGUGACUGAUUUCAUCCUAAUGGGUUUCCCGGGCAUUCACAGCUGGCAGCACUGGCUCUCUAUCCCUCUGGGCCUGCUCUACCUCUUGGCCCUCAUGGCCAAUGUGAUGAUCCUGCUCACCAUCUGGAAGGAAACAGUUAUGCACCAGCCAAUGUUCUAUUUUCUGGCUGUCUUGGCCCUGGUGGACAUGGGUCUGAGCUCUACCAUCAUGCCUAGGAUCCUGGCCAUUCUCUGGUUCAAUGCCCGGACCAUCAACCUCUCAGAAUGCUUCUUUCAGAUCUAUGCUAUUCACGUCUUCUUGGGGCUGGAGUCUGGCAUCUUUCUGUGCAUGGCAUUGGACAGGUAUGUGGCCAUCUGUCACCCCCUCCGCUACCCUACUGUCAUCACAGAAGGCUUUGUCCUCAAGGCCACCCUGUUCAUGGUGGUCAGGAAUGGUGUCCUAGUCAUCCCAGUGCCUGUCCUGGCCGCAAGGCGUCUUUACUGUUCCAGGAAUGAGAUUGAUCACUGUCUGUGCUCCAACCUGGCCGUCACCAGCCUGGCAUGUGAUGUCAGGAAAGCCAACAGCAUUUUCCAGCUGUCUGUGGCUUGGAUCUUAAUGGGCAGUGACAUGGGUCUCAUCAUUCUCUCCUAUGCCCUGAUCCUGCUGGCGGUACUGAAGUUACACUCGGCCAAAGCCGCCUCCAAAGCCCUGAGCACCUGCAGCUCCCACAUCAUCCUCAUCCUCUUCUUCUACUCAGUGAUUGUGGUCUUGCCCAUUACCCACAGUGCAAAGGGGAAGGUGUCCCUCAUCCCAGUCCUCCUCAAUGUCCUGCACAAUGUCAUCCCCCCGGCCCUGAACCCCAUAGUGUAUGCCCUGAGGACCCAUGAGAUCAAAGUGGGGAUCCUGAAGCUGGUCAGGCUGGCUGAGGUGAGAAAAUGA